ACGAACAGCUGCGCUGCUGUACAAUGAAGUUAAUACUCCUGGUUCAAGAAAGUACAUAUGGGACCAACGAGAGUCGAAUUAUCACAUGCGAAAUGUGCAGCAUGAGUUAUGAAGCGAGGUGUCUGCAAAAAUGAAUGAGCCAGUUGAGGACGUUAUGAAGAGAUGGAGAGGACUGAGGGACACGUUCAGGAAGGAACUAAAUAAAUACAACUUCAAGAGAUCUGGUAGUGGAGGAGACACGUCAGCUGAGCCUAAAUGGCCUUUCUUCAACCACCUACGAUUUUUAACUGAUACUGUUCAACCGAGAAAUAUGUCGAGUAGUGUUCCUGCCGCUUCGGAAGACUGUAUUGAGACAACACAAAGUGAAUCGAAUGAUGCAUUUUCUACUCCAGAUAUGGAGAAUACUACUUCGGAUCCCUCUCGAGAAAAUGAUGCACCUGUAAAUGCGUCUCCGGCAAAAAUAAAAAUUUCAAAAGUCCGCUAAAAAGAGGAAAGAAAAGAAUUACGAUGACAAAUUCUUAAAAUACUCUCCAAUUAAGCAGGAUAGCGACUAUCAGUUUCUGACGAGCUUGUUGCCAUCCUUGCAGGAAGUGCCUGAAGAAAGAAAGCUGCGAGUACGCAUGAAAUUGAUGGAUGUUUUACUGCAGGAACAAGAGGAUCGAAACAGCAGUGUGAUGUCCACGUCAAAUGUUUCACCUCUAUCCUCUGAAUCGACUCGCAGUUCUCGUAAUAGUUCCCACAGCAAUGAAUUUGUAACACACCAGAACAAUGCUGCUGUGUAUUGUAGUAAUUUCGAACCUUUGUAGAAACAAUGGU